GUGGAUCGCGAGAUAAUCGUGUAACUUCUAUAGAUUUUAAAUCUUUCAAAAUGGAGUUCACAUCUGUUACUGCCAACAACAACAAUAUUAAUAACGAAAGCAAAAAUACUUUUCAAUUUCUUGCUUCUAGUCCUCCAAAGCAAACUAAAACACAUCCACCACCCUCGACUGUUAUUCAUAAAGCUAAUUAUAAACAUAACCCUUUAAAGUCACCAGUAGAAUUACGACAAAAACGUAUAGAACUUGACGUACAACUUCGUAGGAAACAUCAACCAGAAUUUGAUUUGAGUCCAAAAGAUAUUGAAAAAUUGAAAUCAGGUUUAAAUGGAAUAAGUCGUAAUAUUCGUCUCUCUAACCUUAAGCAAUUAAGCAAAUAUCUUGUGGAUCCUUCAGAAAAUUUAAAAGGUUUUGUUAUUAAAGGAAAAUGUAUUGAAAUGUUGACAAGAUUUUUAUCAGGAAUAGAUCCAGAAGAACAAUUACAAGCUACUUGGUGCGUCACAAAUAUUGCUGCUGGAAAUAAAGAAUUUGUUCAAAAAGCAUUAACAACAGUUCCGUAUUUGAUUUCUUUUCUUGAUGAUCAGGCAACAUGGGCAAUUGGUAAUAUUGCCAUUGAAAAUCCUGAAUCAUGUUUUGCACUUUCUAAUCUUGCACGAGGCCCUGAUCCUAAAUUGGAUGAAUUUUUUUCUGCAGGAAUAUCAAAAUUACUUUUACAGCAUCUUGCAACUGAAGAGAUGAGCGAAGUACUUUCAGAGGUUGCUUGGGUGUUGACAUAUUUAACUUGUGAUGAUGAUUUAUGUGUUUUAGAUUAG